AGAGCUGGAGUGAGGAGAGAGCGGAGGAGAGGCUGGUUCUCUUCAGCAGGUGCAGAGGAUCUUUUUACAAACAUCAAGAACAAACCAGAAGAUCAGAUGUGCCACUGCUCUGAAGGAUAUAAAGUCAAGCCUCUGCACACCUGAAGUUUUAUUAUUUUUUAUUUUCCUCCACUGUUAUCUGUCCUUGAAUCUUGAACUAUCUGCCAUCACGUCUGGAUUCUGAAGCUCGGAUCAUUCGCUUCGGCAGCUGCGGUGACGACAUGGAAACAGGGAGCCCCAGGAAGAUCCAGUUCACUAUGCCCCUCCUGGACACGCACCUGGACCCCGAGGCAGCGGAGCAGAUCAGAAGACGCAGACCCACACCAGCGACUUUAGUGGCGUCCAGCGACCAGUCGUCCCCGGAAAUAGAUGAAGAUCGUCUCCCAAACCAGUUGUACAAGGCAGCUUUAUUGAAUUCCCCUCGACAGCGGAGGAAAGGGCAAAAGGGCACGCCGACUAUGAAAGAGCUGCAGUUCCUCGUGGAGCACCAUUUGUACCGACAGCAGCAGCCUGGAGGGGGCGACGAGUGCUCCUCUGAGAGCUGUCUGUCAGACCGGCCCAGUCCUGACUCUGUGCCCGCGGGAGACGAGCUGCCCCACGACGACGAGGCCACUGUGGAGGCCUUUGAGAAGCUGCGCUGCCAAAUGGAAGAGUUUUCCAGGGAGAGUCUAUUAGAAGGAGGAGGCCUGGAGUGCUCCCCUGCGACAGAGAAGGAAAGCUCUUCGUCCACCUCUGCCGCAGACGCCUCUUCACAACAGAGCAACGCACAAACAGAUGCAUCACCCAGUCAGCCGUCAGAGGAUCGAACAAGGAAAUCCAGCAUGAAGAAGGCCAAGUAAACGUGUCCGGUGUGUGACGACGUGCUGCUCAAUGGGCCUGACACAAAGCCAGGGGCACUGUGUGUGUGUGUGUGUGUGUGAACCCACUCGAAUACAUCAGGGCAUAAACAAAUAUACAGUACUGGCCUUAGUUACCACCCCCACCACGACAAAGGUUUCUACGGUGUAAACAAGGUUGUGCGAGGGCCAAUUAGUGUUUAAUGAAGUUGUUUUCUUUAGCUCCCGUGCAUUGACAGAGAAAACCUUGAGUCCAGCAGUCACACAAACGUCAUUAUUCACUCGCUACUGUUCCUUCUUUUCACAAUAAACCAAUUCGUCAGGUUUUUCUGCAAUGUGCCAUGUCUUCGUUCCCAUCUCCAGGCAAUAAAAUACCUCACAGGUGCUAAAACAUCAUUUGGUUCUGCAUAAAUUACGCCUUCACAUUCUGGAGUUUAUUGAGUUUCUUCCAGUUCAGGGCAGAUAUUUAAAUAUUUAUUACGUUUCUACAUUUGCCCUGGGCUUGGGUCGGUCACAUAAACAUCCCAAAAUGUGGCUGCGUUAUUCACAAAUGUCGUAUUAUUCCAUAUAUUCGGACACGUUUCUAACCAACUGCGUGUAGCGUGCAUCAAAAUCUGAAAGAAUCGACUCUUCUGCGGCGAUUGUGUUGGUUUUAUCGCACGUUUUGGGUCGACAAACAGCACAUUGUUUUUAAAAUCCUGCAUGGCACCGAAUGUACAGCAUUUCUGGACUUUACUUUUUUAAACCUGGACUAAACCGGUUCAGAGUGUACGUUUAAAAAGCCUUGGUGUAUCACAUGUUUUCUGUAUGUUUAUUUUAACUUAUUGUGUUUUCAAAAGUGGCAUUACGGUGUACUUAGACAAUGUGACAAUCCUUUGAGCAUAAACGGCGUCCGCAUUAACGAAAAAACAUUCCCAACUUCGAUUUUCUCUCCAGUGUAAAUAACUAUACGGCGUUUGUUCUGUUCUUGAUGGUAAUGUUUCUAUUUAAUAACAUUUGGAGAGUUUUGUUUCAGAUUUACUUGAAUUAAAUGACAAUUAUGUCUGUAAUUCAAUUUGUUUGAUACAAUAAAAGGCUUUAAAUUUACGAUGUUGUGUUGCAGUUGUAGCGUUUAGAUUUAAGGUUUACACACUUUUUACCCCCGUUUGAGAUAUUUGUCCUCUUUUUUUUUGCCCCGUCCUUUUGUGCCAGUGGGGCAACCUGUCAGGAGCAGCAGGGGGCAAACGCACGGCACUGCUCCAGAUUUUGACCUAUUAAAGUGCAGUAUAAAAAGUACUUUCUGGGUGUAUUUCUUGAGAUAGUUCCAGAUGCAGUUGUCAUAGUUGCAGCGGCAAGACUUUUGAGGUUUCGUUUUGGAGACAAUUGCUUCAAAAAUCCUUUCAUUCUGUUUUAAAUCAUCACAUUGAGCAUUUACUGUAUUACUUCUACUGUAUUUUGAAGUUUUCCUGUGAGCGCAGACGUCCAAACUCCUUCAGCUCUUCUCUGAAUCACUGCAGUAUUGUAUCAUCCCGUGCACAAUGGCAGCAUCUCUCAUAAGAUCUAUUUUUAGCAGCCGUUACCUUAAAUGCCCCAUGUCUUACAACGUGACGAGGGGAAUGGUUUUCUUUGGGUUUUUUAUGUGUCUAAAAAGGUCUAACCUGAAUAGGACCUCUCUGUUUUCUUACACCGCUGCUUCUAUGAGGUUUCGCUUCUGCUUCAUCCUAAAAUAGUGUCCAUAAAUAAUUGAAAGACUUAGAACCUUGGAGCAUAAAACAUACAUAUUUCAUACAUGGGUGAGUUACAGAGGUAUAAUUAGUGUUAAUGUCGUAUCUUUUGGCCGCAGACUGAGCUGAGGUGUUUUAUAAGACGAGAACGAUGCUGUUUUUGGCUGCAGUUCUGCUCAGUGACGCCUCAUCAAUCACCUUAAAACGCCAGGUCCUGUAUUUGGGUUGAAACUUUCCUGAUAUGGAUCACGUAUUACAUGCACGUUCGCGUUUCCAUUCCCACGUUAUUACAGAGACGAGACGUUCAGGUGGGGCAGGGGGUUUGCUGUAACCUCUGGGGCAAACAAUCAUCACAACUCUGCGUAUACAUUACAUUAUGCACAAGAUGGUGUAUUUACAUAAAACAUACUCUCAGUUAUUUGCUUUAGAUUGAACUGGAAUGAAAAAUAAAUGAACUGCUCUGAAAAAUGCUCUGAACUCAUAACAUUUUUAGUCUCUCUGCUCUAUGUCUCCCCCUGCUGCAAGAGCAAAGAACAACACAAUUUUCAACCAAAUAUUUCUGCAUUUAUUGCUUAGUUAUUUCCAUGUGCAUGUCCUAAAAAGAUUACAUUACACGUUUCUCAAGUAGAAUAAGCACUAUCUCUGUAAAACAUGGCCCGCAUGUACACUGUUUAAAUUAACAUUUAUAUUAUACACAUAAGACAUGACAUCUUUUCAACUAUUACCUCUCGCUUCAACAUGGUGUUAGCAAAAAGUCUACAGUAUAUAUGUAAUUAUGUAAUGGUUUUAUUAUAAACAGAGGUGGGUAGAGUGACUCACAACAUGAAUAUUACUUAAUAAAUAUUACUCAAGUGGAAAAAGGAAGAGCCAAAGUAAUUAGUAAAAAAGUAUUUGGAGAAACAGUUUGGAUGUAAAACGUAUUUAAAAUCAGAUUUGUGUUUUUUGAGUUGUUUUAAUCAGACAAAAAAAAUACAAAAAAACAAACAUCUGAAGAAGCACAAAUGUUAAACUCAUGUAAUAUCGUCAACUUAAAGCUUUUGUCACUCGUAGACGUCCUUUUGUAGAAGAAUUAGCGUCAGAAAUUUUGAAAAGUAAACUGCCUGGCC